AUGACUGCUCUACUGGCAACACUGUGUCUUCUGACGCUAGCCUCCGCCGAACACUUCCAUCACCACGUCCAACAUCAUCACGAGCACGUCAAAGCCAUCACGGUGACCAAGAAGGUGCCUGUGCCGUACCCUGUCACCGUCGAGAAGAAAGUGCCUUACACCGUGGAGGUACCAGUCGAUAAACCGUACCCGGUCCACGUGCCCAAGGCGUACCCCGUCUAUGUCGAGAAGAAAGUGCUGUACACGGUCAAGGAGUACGUCCCGCAGCCGUACACGGUCUACAAGAAGGAGCCGUACCCGGUCGAGGUGCCCGUCGACAAGCCGUACCCCGUCCACGUCCCUAAACCUUACCCCGUGGUCGUCGAGAAGAAAGUACCUUACACGGUGGAGAAGCACGUGCCGUACCCUGUAAAAGUGGCUGUGGACAAACCUUACCCCGUCCACGUGCCUGUCGUCAAGCAUGUCCCGUACACUGUAGAGAAGAAGGUGCCUUACAAGGUAGAGGUGCCUGUGGAGAAGCCCGUACCUGUGUCUGUGCCCAGGCCUUAUACGGUCGUUGUGGAGAAGAAGGUGCCUUAUACAGUAGAGAAGCCGGUGCCUUACCCUGUUAAGGUACCUGUCCAUUUUCCUGUAUAUCACCAUCACCACGAUAUUAGACAUGGGCUGGAACAUGAUCCCCUCAGAAUGAUCGCCUUUAUAUCAGUCCCCUCUCUUCUAAGACUGAUCCUCACUUCACCUCCAUCACAAUACAAAGCCUUCAACUCCCAUCUAAAGCAUUUAGCAUUAAGAAGCUUAUAUAACCCACCACACGCACUGCCAGAGCACACAGCAAGGAUGGCCGCUAUACUGGCAACAUUGUGUCUUCUGACGCUAGCCUCCGCCGAACACUUCCAUCACCACGUCCAACAUCAUCACGAGCACGUCAAAGCCAUCACGGUGACCAAGAAGGUGCUUGUGCCGUACCCUGUCACCGUCGAGAAGAAAGUGCCUUACACCGUGGAGGUGCCAGUCGAUAAACCGUACCCGGUCCACGUGCCCAAGCCGUACCCCGUCUAUGUCGAGAAGAAAGUGCCGUACACGGUCAAGGAGUACGUCCCGCAGCCGUACACGGUCUACAAGAAGGAGCCGUACCCGGUCGAGGUGCCCGUCGACAAGCCGUACCCCGUCCACGUCCCUAAACCUUACCCCGUGGUCGUCGAGAAGAAAGUACCUUACACGGUGGAGAAGCACGUGCCGUACCCUGUAAAAGUGGCUGUGGACAAACCUUACCCUGUCCACGUGCCUGUCGUCAAGCAUGUUCCGUACACUGUAGAGAAAAAGGUGCCUUACAAGGUAGAGGUGCCUGUGGAGAAGCCCGUACCUGUGUCUGUGCCCAAGCCUUACCCCGUCGUUGUGGAGAAGAAGGUGCCGUAUACAGUAGAAAAGCCGGUGCCUUAUCCUGUCAAGGUGCCUGUAUAUCACCAUCACCACGAAAUCGGACAUGGGUUGGAGCAUGAGUAUUGGUUAGAUCACCACCCUUUUUGA